GAGGAGGGAGUCCACCACAUAUCAAACUCUGUGCUGUAGCAUAUGCGGCUAAAUCAUAAAACUGCCAGCUAAAGCUAUGUAGCCUGUGCAACCUGCUCUCUGGCAUUCACGGGGACACGAGAAGAGCCGGGGUUUUCUCCUUUCUUUUUAAAGUUUCUAACUGAUAUUUUUAAUACUAUCCGGGAACAGCAGCAGCAACAACAACAACAACACCAUCAGCUGGCGUUUAGCAUUAGCAGCCAAGCUUCCCGGAAGGAGGCCGCCGCAGCGCCGGGUGGAGGUUUAACUUUCCCUGCCCUGACGUCCGCACCGAAGUGAUAUAAACCCAGAUGAUAAACUGAUACUUAUUUCCUCUCGGUAAGAAUGGAUUCCUCUUUGGGGAUGUGCGGCGAGGAAUGCUUGGCAACUGUAAAAUGCCUGGAGCUGAGGUCUGGCCAGAAGGAUCCCAGACUCCUGUCACUAAUUGAACGCGGUGGAGAGUUUAUACUGGGUGUUUUAGCCAACCCUGAUGCUGUUGUGUCUCGUCCAGUGGCUCAGCUAUCGAUACCCAUCAAUGCUAACUUUGAAAUUGUACGAGAAGCUGAAGAAGCUCUUCUUAUUGAUUUGUCAGUAGAUCCUUCCGUUAAAGUACGAAUCAAAGGAGAAAAAGCCCCAGAGCUGCUGUUGGAACUGCAGGAUGAUGAUCGCACUCAGACUUUCCUCACCCAGGUGAAGAGUGUUCAACCAGUAGUCAAACCUGCCAAACCAACAGCGAUGGAGCCCAUUACACCAACACCACAGAGAACUCCAGUACCUGUCCCUCCACAAAGGAUUGCUAAGACAGCUAACCCACCCAAACCCACUAGUGCAGUGCCCCCCAGUCUUAAUAACAACACUCCAUCAACUCUGAAUAACACAAAUCCAAUUCAGUCACUUGUUCCAGACUUUGGCUUUGAGAACAACCACACUUUCCAAGUGGAAGAAAAGAAAAAUCACCAGAAUCGCAUAGUUGCCUCUAGGGAGCCUCCACCUCUCCCUCCACUACCUCCUCGCAAAGCUUCUUCUAUUCCAUCCAAUCCUCCGCGGCCUGCUCCAGUCCCUAAAGACAGAGCUGCCUCCUUACAGGCCAAAGACAGCUCUUCAGUCACUAGCAGCAAGUCAGAUAGUUUUAGGUCAGGGUUUGACCGUGCAGACAGGCCACCAUCUUGGUGUGAGAGCCCCACCACUAACAGCAUGAGACAGGCCAUGUUCUCCACCCAGGCAGGUCAGAGAGAAUACCUCAUCAAACACCGCCUGGGCAAGAAGGAGAACGAGUAUGUGGAUAUCCGGCCCUUCAAGUUUUUCACAGGUACGUGGAAUGUGAACGGUCAGUCUCCAGACAGCAGCCUCGAGCCGUGGCUCUGCUGUGACCCUGAACCUCCAGAUAUAUAUGCGCUUGGUUUUCAAGAAUUGGACCUGAGCACUGAGGCUUUCUUCUACAUGGACUCAUCCAAAGAGCAGCUGUGGGUCGAUGCUGUGGAGAGAAGCCUGCACUCAAAAGCCAAGUACAAGAGGGUUCGGAUCAUACGACUCGUUGGGAUGAUGCUUGUAGUUUAUGUUAAAAAGGCAUACAGGAAUCACAUAAAAGAUGUGGCUGCUGAGCACGUGGGGACAGGAAUCAUGGGAAAAAUGGGGAACAAAGGAGGUGUAGCUGUGAGGUUUGUUUUCCACAACACUAGCUUCUGCAUCGUUAAUUCCCAUCUAGCAGCACAUGUGGAAGACUUUGAGCGCCGCAAUCAGGACUAUAAAGACAUAUGUGCACGCAUGACCUUCCACUUACUGGACUACCCUCCUCUCAGCAUCGUCAAGCACGAUGUUGUAAUCUGGCUCGGGGACCUAAACUAUCGUCUAUUUAUUACCGAUGCUGCUGACGUCAAACAAUUCAUUGCUCAGGGUGAUCUAAAGAAGCUUCAGGAGUAUGAUCAGCUGAACGUUCAGAGGCAGACAAAGAAGGCCUUCACAGACUUCAUGGAAGGGGAGAUUACCUUCAUUCCCACAUACAAGUUUGACCCUAAAACUGAUCGAUGGGACUCCAGUGGGAAGUGCAGAGUCCCGGCUUGGUGUGACAGAAUCCUGUGGAGGGGCAGCAGUGUCAAGCAGCUAGAAUACCGGAGUCACAUGAGAAUGCAAACUAGCGAUCACAAGCCCGUCAGCUCCCUCUUUAAUAUAGGGGUGAAGGUGGUAGAUGAGCAACGCCACAAGAAGGUGUUUGAGGAGAUUGUUCGUGCAAUGGACAGGAUGGAAAAUGACUGUCUUCCAUCUGUUUCUCUAAGCAGAAGAGAGUUUACAUUUGAGAAUGUCAAGUUCAGGCAGCUUCAAAAGGAGCGCUUCCUAAUAAAAAAUGACGGGCAGGUACCCUGUCACUUCGCCUUCAUCCCCAAACUUAAUGACUCGCAGUAUUGCAAGCCUUGGCUGCGUGCUGAGCCCAGCGAUGGAAUGCUGGAUCCAAAUGAGACCCUGGAGAUCUAUCUGGAGGUGUAUGUCAGUAAAGACUCUGUCACACUGCUCAACUCUGGAGAAGACAAAAUAGAGGACAUCCUGGUGCUUCAUCUGGACCGUGGCAAAGACUACUUUAUUACAAUCUCAGGCAAUUACCUGCCCAGCUGCUUUGGCACCUCGCUGGAGACUCUGUGCCGCAUGAAGAAGCCCAUCAGAGAAAUCCCCAUUACCAAACUCAUUGACCUGGGAGAGGACAGCUACAUGGAGAAGGAAAAGUCCAAGAUGAACUUCCUGAUGGUGGAUGGAGCCGGUACUGAGGACAAACCUCUGAAGAUCCCCAAGGAGGUGUGGAUUCUGGUCAACCACCUCUACACAAAGUCCUGUGAUCAGGAGGACUUAUUUCAGACACCAGGCCUACAGGAGGAGCUGCAGAGCAUCAUCGACUGUCUGGACACCAGCAUCCCUGACUCCAUCCCUGGUUGUAACCACUCUGUGGCUGAGGCACUGCUGAUCUUCUUGGAGGCUUUGCCAGAGCCAGUGGUGUGCUAUGAACUCUACCAACGGUGCCUAGACUGCUCUAACGAUACCCGCCUCUGCAAACAGUUGAUCUCCCAGUUGCCCCGGGCUCACCGCAAUGUGUUUCGCUACUUGAUGGCCUUUCUGAAAGAACUUCUCAAACACUCACAGAACAACAAUCUAACAGCCAGUCUCCUUGCUACCCUCUUUGCCAGCCUCCUCAUUCGACCACCUCCCAAUUUUGUGGGCAGGCAGACGUCACACGAGCGCCAGAAAGCCAUCGAUUUUGUUCUGGGUUUCCUAAUGGCCGGAGAUGAGGAGUAACAUUGAGGGUUAAUUAUGGUGUCAGUUUGGUCUGGAGCUGAUUCCCAGCCUGGCUCUUCGGUUGUAAAGGACCUGGUAUUUUGACAUCUACUGGAGACCAGUGCAGUUCUUCUGCACCCUACCUUUUACAAACUGUCGUGUUAAUAUGUAAGGUACCGAAGACUCUUAUUAGAACUGUCAUAUCUUCAGUCCAUGCACAAUAGGACAAGUUGCAGGAUUUGGAAGCAUUUGGGAGAGGUUUGAACUGAUGCACUUUGUGAUGACCUAAAGGAUCCGUGCCUCCUGACUAGAGUUGACACUUCUUCAUGUAGGUGCUCUUGCCAAAAUAACCCCUAAGCCGUGAGUGUUAUAAAUGUGAAAACACUAUAUAUAUAUAUA